GACUGCGAGCGGACGGAGACGCAGCUUAUUUUCUAUUUAGCCACUCAGCUAAGCGGAUUCGGAAUUGGAUUCCGAUUGAGACUCAAUCGAGUAUUUCACACAUCACAAAAUCCAAACGAAAACGAAAACGACAACUAUAAAUUGAAAGCGCGGACUUUUCGUUGUUGUUGUUGUUGUGAUCGACUGACUGACUGAGUGUGUGUGCCAUGGAUUUCGAUGAGAUUCUGGCCAAAUGCGGCAAUAGCAAUCGCUAUCAAUAUCUGCUCUUGGCUCUGUACAGCGUAUUGAUGUUUGUUACAGCGAUGCACAACUUCUCACAGAAUGUGAUUGGUUUUGUGCCCGAUCAUUGGUGCUACCACGAACAGCUGGAGGGUAUUAGUUUUGCACAGAUCAAGGCUAUCUAUAAUCAGUUUGAGAAACCUUCAUGCACUCGUCUGGCGACAAUCGAUUUGAUUACUGGCAAUGCGACUAUCAGUCCGGAUCGUUGCGAUCGUUGGAUUUAUAACUAUGAUUUCGGUUUUAGGAGCAUGAACACCGAGCUUAAUUGGGUCUGUGAUGAUGCCUAUAAAGCGCCAGUCGGACAAUCGCUAUUCUUUGUCGGCUCCAUGUGUGGCACGCUCAUCUUUGGCUUUUUGGGCGAUAAAAUCGGACGCAUCAAGUCACUAAUUUUGGCAAAUUUCUGUGGCUUCGUCGGUGACUUUGCGACCAUUUUCGCCGACAAUCUGACAACGUUCUCGAUAACACGCUUCAUCUCUGGUCUCGCUGUCGAUGCCAACAGUUAUCUGAUGUUUAUUCUAGUGUUGGAGUAUGUUUCUCCCAAGCUGCGGAAUACUGGCCUAAAUAUGAGCAUGGGUAUCUUCUAUAGUUUGGGCAUGAUUUGUUCCUCCUGGAUAGCUGUUUGGGUUGGCCACUGGCGCAAAUAUUUGCUCUGCUCUUCGAUGCCACUGCUGCUGACCAUCUUGUUCUAUUUCCUGGUGCAGGAGAGUGCUCAGUGGCUGAUCACCAGGAAUAACCUCGAUGGCGCUGUGCAACGCUUGCAGCAUGUGGCACAGUUUAAUAAACAAAGAAUCAGUGAGAGCGAUUGGGAUGCGUUUCGCAGCUAUUGCCAGAAAUCGAAGCAGCUCAAGCAGCAGGACGACAAGUUCACGGAUCUACUAAAGACGCCGCAUUUGCGCGGAAUCUUCAUUCAAAUGAUAAUUGUGUUCAUGUCCAUGACUGUUUGCUACAACAUCAUGUCCCGCAAUGUUGAAGGACUCGGCAUCUCAGCCUUCAUCAUGUUCUCGCUGACUGCUUUAACGCUGCCUCCCUCGGGCAUUCUCCAGGCUAAGAUACAGGACAGAUUUGGGCGCAAGGGCUCCUCGAUUAGCUCCAUGUUGCUUACAGGCGUGUUCACAGCCGCAAGCGGCAUUGCUCUGUCGUUGUCUCAACAUCCCAGUGUUACGCUGCUCGUCACUUUAAACAUCAUUGCGCGCUUUGGCAUCUCGGUGUGCUUUGGAUCAACGCUGUUGUUCUCCACCGAGUUGGUGCCAACUUCGGUGCGUUCACGUGGCCUCUCGUUGGCUCAUGUGGCCGGAGCUGCCUUCUCGCUGCUGUCGCCCUACAUUAUGCAUUUGGGCACCUACUAUAGAGCAGCGCCUUCGAUUAUACUCUGUCUGAUCUUCUUUGCGUGUGCCUAUGUCUGUUUGCUGCUGCCCGAGACAGCGAACAGAAAGUUGCCCCUCACAGUGAAAGAGGGCGAACACUUUGGCGAAGAGGAGCGAAUGUUUGAUUUCCUCAGAUCCACAAAGACAAAAGCUACUGUGGAUGCCCAGCAAGAGGCGGACACAAGGCAGAAGUUGAUGUCUUAAUCGCUUAAACCAUGCCAAUUAAUCAAUUAAGCCGCGGCAAACUCAUCUUAACUACGUAAGUUCUCUAAACUAGACUAGACGAGUAUGUUAUGCACUUAGAUAUAUCAAAUAAUGUCACGCACCACAAAACACGACAAGCGACAAGAAACGUGAGAAUAUUUCCUAUUACAACGUUAUGAAGGAACAACGAUGCAGAUAUGUUAUAUACUUAUAUAUGUAUGAUAUGUAUAGAAUACUAGUAUUAGGAUUGACUAUUCCAAUUCCAAUUCUCAAUGUUGAACGGAAUAUAGAUGACGCGAAUAUGCAAAACACAUCAGAGCUUACAUAUAUUAACACACGAAUUUGCUUAAACAUUUUUUUAAUGGAUUCCGCAAACAUUUUUGUUUAUCGGUUCUCUAUACUAUGAAUGUAUACUAUACUAUCUUUGGCAUAUUUUAACAUACGAUUUUUUAUACUUUUUGUUAGCUAUAUUUUUAAUUUAAAAAAAAACAUUUUGUGCGCCAACUUUGUUAAUAGAUUGAAAUAAGUAUUAAUAAACAAACAAACAGCUUGAA